UGGCAAACACGUAUAUCAUAUUCUCAUGUAGGUUAGUGCAUGUAAACCAGCAGAUACUAUUUUAAAAUAAAUUCCUGCAUUCAAAUAUUGUAUCAUGACAGUUUGUAUAAUUUGAAAUGGUCAUUUAUUAUCACACUAUCAUUUACCAAUUAUCACGGCAAACAAUUACGCUGCACUGAACUGUAAGUACAAGUUUGUAAAGUACAAAAAAGUUAAAAUAACGAAACCUGUAAUUAUUACUUGUGAACGAAUAUCAUUCACGUCUUACUAAACCUAGUCACGCCAAAGUGGACGAGGUAAACAAAUCAAUUUCUGUUUCCUCUUCUGAGCCUAUGCAGGUCACGUGAAAAAUGAUCCGAAGACCCAGUCAAAAGGAACGAAUCAUUUCUGUUUUAUCUAGCUACCAGUACUGAGCCUAUGCAGGUCACGUGAAAAAGGAUCCAAAGACUCGUACCCGGCAGAUGAACGAAUCGUUCACCUCCCGACCGUGUCUUCGGAUCAAUGUUUCGUUCCUCUGCCAACCGAGUCCUCGGAUCAAUGUUUCGUUCCUCUGCCGGAUGAACAGCAUUUUUGUCCUAAGCAGUGUAUCAUUGCUCUUGAUCAGCUUGAUCCCAGAUACAAGUAGUGAAUUUACAACUAAAGAGUGCCAAUAUAAGAUGAAGACAUUCAACGUAACACAUUGUCAGUGCUUCAGUGUGAUGGGAGGAGAUGAGCCCCUCUGUGAGUCUGGGAAACCACCUGGAGGUUGCUACAUUCAGAACACACCUGAGAAGUUAUGCCUCAAAUGGCGUUCAAGUCAGCAGUUGUCAUGUUGGAUGGGCGAUGAAAACAUCCUUGUCGAUGAUGAAUAUGGAAUGUGCGCCCAUGACCAAUCAACCAUUAGCUGUAGUAAGGAGCUCUCUGAAGAUGGGCCCCAGGAAAUAAAUCCUCCUACAGCAAGUACUAAAGCAGUCACAUCAGCUGCUGCACAUCAUCAGUUUGGUACCAAAAUAAUGGCUUUUGGAGGAUUUGGACUCCCAAAUGCUCCUUCUUACAAAUUUCGAUACAUUUUUACGGACCAUGGUACACAUAUGGGAGUUUUAUUUUACGCAGUUUCAAAGAUUGUAACUUGAAUUGAAAGAAAUACCUUUAAUAAACAGUAGAUGGCAAUACAAACCAA